AUGUGCGCCACAGAGAGGGCCACGGGAGGGGGUGGUCGUACGUGCCUCGUCCUCGUCCUUAGUCGUAGGACUUCUCUGCUCGUGGACGUCGGCGGCGGCGAAGCUCACCCAGAGAGGAGGAUCUACGCUGGCUUCGGUGUGAAUCCUCGAGGCGAACCGGACGUGACGAUGGGCGUGUGGGCGGCUUUGCUUGUGGUGGCGAUGGUGGGCGGGGCGUUGGCUGCUCCCCCGGCGCCCACGGCCACCAAGCGCUCGGCCGAGGACAUCCAGUUCGGCAACCAGCAGAAUCCGCCCGUCAGUCUGCUGGACGACAGCGCCCUCCCGGGGGCCUUCCCGUCCAGCGAGACCAGCGAAGAGACCCGCCCGCCGAAGCAGCCCGCAGAGGCGCCCGAGGAACCCGCGCCGAAGGAGAAGCCGACGGAGGCCAAGGAAGCGCCUCACCGCGAGCCGAUGGAGCGAGACCUCCCGCCGGUGGCGCUGGCGAGCAGGUGGCCGUUCCAUGGGCCAAGGAGCGUCCGCCUCUACCGUCCGCGACAGUACUUGCCUGGAGUUGAAGCAAGGAAGACUUUGAUCCAGCAGGUGUCCCCCCGCGUGCUGGAGUUCGGGCACCGCCACAAGCGUGACCUCCGACCCCUGACCCGCCGGCCCCGUGACCUGGCCUCGAACGUGAACUUGGACAACCUUUUGCGAAACGUCGACGUGGUGGAGCUACUCGGCUGCUGUCUCGGGGGGGCGGCCAGGGAGGUCCAAUGGGCCGCCGGACCGAUGGGCGCCGGGGCACUGGGCACAGGGCCACGCGGCAGGAACCAUCAGCUGGGCUUUGGCACUCUCUCCUACGCGCCCAUGUCUCCCGCGACGCCCAAAUUCUCGCCGCAACCCCGCGUCUUCCCCGAGUACGAGGAGACGAAGACGAGGACGAAGGCGAGGAGGCGAUGGGACCAGGGGCUCGGGGACAGCAGUGGUAAUCCUCGUGACCUCCGACCCCUGACCCGCCGGCCCCGUGACCUGGCCUCGAACGUGAACUUGGACAACCUUUUGCGAAACGUCGACGUGGUGGAGCUGCUCGGCCUGCUGUCUCGGGGGGGCGGCCAGGGAGGUCCAAUGGGCGCCGGACCGAUGGGCGCCGGGGCACUGGGCACAGGGCCACGCGGCAGGAACCAUCAGCUGGGCUUUGGCACUCUCUCCUACGCGCCCAUGUCUCCCGCGACGCCCAAAUUCUCGCCGCAACCCCGCGUCUUCCCCGAGUACGAGGAGGACGAAGACGAGGACGAAGGCGAGGAGGCGAUGGGACCAGGGGCUCGGGGACAGCAGUGGUAUCCUGUAGUGCCAGCCGGAGGACGCGUCUGGCGGAGGUCCGGCGCCCUGGGGCUGUCGGCUGUGCCAGGCUUCAAGAGGUCGGCUUUCCGGGCCAACAACAUGCAGGCUCAGCGCGCCAGGAACCAAGAUGACGACCUGUACUCCUUGGCCGCCAUGCUGGGAGCCGAGCUCGACCCCGCCACGCACCGCAUCCAACGCGCCGCGAUGUAGACCUGAGGACCCAGGGGAGACGUCCUAGGGAUGCUAAGGGACCCCUGGGUGCUGACGAGGUCCUCGGGAGAGGGGGGGAAAGGGGAGGUAUCCGUAAGGUGACGAUAAUCUCCUCGGGGGUCGGAUAAGGAAGUGGAAGUUAGUCUUGGUCUCUGGGAGUUCGAGGAAACGGGUGAAUGGUUGGGAGAGGGUCGGGGAAAUGGGUCCGUCUGUGUAAGCGAGGUGCUGGUGGAUUGGCUAGGGCUUCGUCUGUAAUCAUAACCUAAAUGAAGAGAUAUGAUGAUGGUGAGAAAGUAGAGGAAAGAUGGACAGAAAGAGAGGAAAAAACGACCGUGAAUUUAAGUCGUUCUUAUCCUUGUCAUGUGAUGAUUUCGAUGAAUAUAUAUGGAGAUGAUAUAGAAGUAAAGGAAAGGUAGGCAGAGAUAGAGGGAAAACGUCUGUGAAUCUGGAAUCGUUCUCAUGCUCAUGCUGCCCUCACCUACUCAGGGUGCCAGUCGUGUUCCAAACAAGAUAAUAUAAUCCUUUACCCAAAUAUACCCAUCCUGAUUCAUGAGUCUUUUUUUUCUCACGGUUUAGACAGUUAGUUACUACUCGCUCGGUGAAGCUAAGACCGUCUCUCAUUCAUGCUUUUUUUCUUACUCGCGGAUUCUGCCACGUGUGUACUGACACCCGGGCACGAAUGGGCAUGGAAGGAAUGGCCUGGGCAUCUUGACCCCCCAGCACCAGGACCCUCUUGUUUGCCCCCACCCCACCCCCCAUCUCCAAGGACCACCGCAGCGUCCCAAGUCAGCAUUUAGGUCUCGUCCGCACGCCUGGCCUGACCUCGGUCCUUGGCAUUCCUAAAACAAGAAUAUUGAGAUCCUCGUUCAGUCAGUGUUAGAGAAAACAAACAAAAAAAGAUAAUAAUAAUAAAAUAACAAAAAAAAAAAUCAGUAUUACCAAUGUAGGUCCUCCAGCAGGCCGUUAGUUAGUGGCUAAUUGCAACACAAGGUUUCCAAUUGCAUGAGUAGGUUACAAGUUAUUAUAGUCAUUCAUAACCUGCAAAUGUAUAACACGUAUUCAGAAGUUGCCUUUUAAUGCGCAAGGUGAUAAAUAUUUCGUGUUUUAGCUGAGUGCUUCGUUUUCUUUCCUCGUCAGCAUGUUGGUGUGUCGUUUUCCUAUGAUUAAAAACGUUUCGACUGAGAAGUGGCUAAACGGCUGAGAAAUGUGGAACAGAAGGGUUACCGGAAUGGGCACAGUUACCCCACGAGAAUCACCCGUUACCACAAACACACGACAGGAGAAUGAUGUACAAUUUCACAAGGAUAAUCACAGCAUCAAGUAUACAAAGGCGAAUCUUCCAAGGCUAAAUUCUAGUGAAAAAAGGAAACACUAUUUUUGAUAAAAGACACAAACUUGGUUCAGCGAAGAGAAGUACAAAGGACAAAACAGGUCUAUUUACGAAGGGAAUUAGACAGAGAUGGACUGU